UUGGGGACUUGGUAAAUUGUGAGCCACACCAUUUUAAAAAAAUGGGAAGAGCUAUUAUGUCGAGCUAUUUAAAUUAAUAUAGAGAGCAUGAAAUCAUGACACAAAUAGCAUUUAAUUUCAGUCUAGAUGGGUUCAUUCAAAAAAUAUCUGCUGGCUAUACUUCACUGUGAAGAACACAAGUUUACUGGUUUUAAAUAGGACAUUCAAACAACUUCAAAUAUGUAUCAUAAAUCAUAAUAAAUUCAUAAUUCCCUGAUAAUUUGUACAAUAUCUAAGCCAUUGGUUGACUUACAGUAAAGAUUCAACACAGCAUAAAAACAAAGCAUUUAAUUUAACAAUUAACAAUUAACAGUUUCCUUUUUCCCUUUCCCACCAUUAUGUCUUCAUGUAGGAACUCAAUUUGAAUGCGAGAAAGAAGUAAAGAUCCAUCCAUCCAUCCCUGAUGAUGUUUCUGGGGACUCCUUUAGGUAGCAAUCCCACCUGUACUAACUCAGCCCACAGCACCAGUCCUGAUUGUCAGUCAGAUGGUCCGUCCCCUGCAUUCCUGCCUCAGUCUCCUCCAUGUUGGGCAACGCAGGCACGUUGCGACCUCGCCCAGGCAGAGACGGAGCUGCGUAGACAACAAGAACGUCACGCGACUGAGACUGAAUCUGUGAAGCGGGGUGUGGAGCGGGCCGUCCUGGGAGCAUGCAGGGAAGAGCGGCGCCUGCUGGAGAGGGUAGAGCAAGACCAUCGGGACACUCAGCAACAUCUGGAGCAGGUCCAGAGGGAGAACAUGGCAGCAGUCCGGGUUAGCCAAUCCCUGUUGGACAAAAGGUUCCGUAAACUAGCCCAGCUUCAGCAGCAGAUCCAGGAAUUUGGUCAGCAACCAGGUCUGGAUCAAAGUGGGCAAGGUCAGAAGCAGCUGCUCAAGGAGGUCACAGAGUUCCUACAACCCUGGGAAAUCUCUGUUUCCUUAAAGAAAGUGAACUUCAAGCCCAGCUCCCAACCGAAUGCUGUAACUUUUGGAGAUAUCCGUAUGCAAGAACAAAGCCUGUGCCUGAAUGUUGGAGGUUGUGGGCCACAGGGGCAAAUGUGUGCUCUACACUCACAAGGCGAAGACAAAAAUGAUCAAGGUACUGGAGAAGAGAAAGGCAUCCUGGGCCAGGGGUGGACAUCACCAACAGGCAGGGUUGUCAGAAAGAUUAGCCUCUCUACCCGAAGUGAUGUGGAAUCCGAGGAGGAACCAAAGGUCUCUUCAACAAAGACGUGGGGCUGGCUUCCGAAUUGUAAACAGACCGACUGGGAGUCAUCCCAAUAUAACGAGGAGGAAUCAGACUCCUUUCACCAACGAGGGGAGGAUGUAUUUCUCGCCGUCCCUACCGUACUUCAAAACAUGGACCCUGAAGGCAAAGAUCAGAUGUACAAGAUGAAUCGAAAUGGAAAACACAACUCUCCCAGGACCCAGAGGAGGCCACUGUCUGUGGUCUCUGGUAGGCAGCCGUCCCCCUCACCAGAAAGAAGACAGGAGCAUGCUAAGAUGAGUCCCUACUUGGGUUUAGACAACCAGGAAGGUGAUAAGGGAAAAAUCAAUCAAGAGUCCAACAGUAGACUUUUGAGGUAUGUCCAAACAUCUCCUAGGUUGACUCCGAGAGAGCCUCUGACCAGCCAUAGCUGCCUAGACCUCACCUGCAGGGGACGUCCUCACUCGCGCCUCAGCCAGUCCUCCGAUGAACACUCUCUGGGUACGCUUGGGGACUCUGGCCGGGCACCAUCCCCGACAGACAGCCUUGACUCCAACUACACGUUCAUCGUUGGGCCAUCUCAUGACUACUGCACGAACAGAGGUUCGUUGAGUUACAACCGCCGUUUAUCAAAAUCUGCAGUGGACUUAACGCACAAGACACGGCCACUGAUAAGUGGUGGGUCGAUUGAGCAGGAAGGAGUGUGGAGGGUCAAAUGUAACAAAUUCAACACCAUGUCAAGCUCCAACUCAGCCUCGCCAGCUCUCAGCAGAGGGUCUAGGAUCUCUGACAUGGGACGGACCCUCUCAUACCCUUCGUAUAAAGGUCAUAAUGUUUUGAACCAGCCACAGAAGAAAACCACAGUGGCUGGCUCAAAACAACUCCUUGUCGGUAGGUCUUUGUCCAUGUCCGUCAUAGAUGGUUCCACUGAAGAACCAAAGAGAGACAGAGGAGAGAGAGGAGAACCAGCCUUGGUCGAAUUGAAGGAGGAGGGAGAUUUGUCUUUUACAGCGUUCAACCCCAGAGGACCUCAUCUGAUCAGACAGUUUGGGAAGCAGGGUUCGGGUCGGGCUGACCUUACCCUGCCAAGUGGUAUCCAUGCAACACCACAGGGCCAACUCUUUAUUGUUGACUGUGGAAAUGCACGUGUUCAGGUGACUGACCCUCGCGGAAAUGUCCUCCAGCAAGUGACCUCCCCGACUUCAGAUGGGUCCGCCAGACGAUGUCGGAACUACUUUGACAUUGCCGUCAAUGCGAAGGGUUUGAUUGCACUAAGCUGUGCUGCAGAGCGAGCCCUACUCGUGUUCAGCCGGCACGGUCGUCUGCUCCAGACGUUUGGAGGAUCAGGGUUGGGCUCUGCAAAAGAUGAACUGGAAGCUCCCAGAGGCGUGACAGUAACCAGGUUGGACGAGUUCUUGGUGGCAGAUAUCCGUAAGGGUACCCUCAUUGCCCUGAAGCUUGACCCCAAGACCGGCUACCGUCUUGAGCGCACUGUGGUGACUGGAUUCCACCGGCCCUACUUGGUAGCAGCUUGUUUGAGCUCGGGCAUGGUAGCCGUGUCGGAGAGAGGCAACGAAACAGGUCGUGUGCCUUGCAUCAAAGUCCUGGAGCCGAGCUGGAACACAGUGAGAAUUCUGGGUGUCUGUUCGGGCAUGGGACCAGUCCUGGUUUGCCCCUGGGGCAUCUGUAUAGAUCCAGAAGGGAAUGUGCUGGUAGCGGACUGGGGGGAGGAGCACAGUGUCCUGUUAUACCCAGCACAUGGAGCGGGGUGGCCCAUUGUUAACCAUGGCUUGAGUAGUCCACGUGGUCUGACGCUGCUCCCCGAGGGCCAACUCGCUGUGUCCGACAGUAUGCACCAUUGUGUUAAGAUAUACCAGUACAAAGGGACUCAAGGCUAGAGAAAGUGACUUAAUCACACCUGAAAUCUAGUGUGUUUAUUCUGAAUAGAACUGAUUUGGGAGAUUUUACGACUAACCUGCGGCUCCAAUCAGCUGCAGCUCGUACGCAGAUACUUAAUUUGUCAAACUCAACUGUAUUUAGACUGACAAAUUAUUUACUGAUGUGUGAUUGGCACUGAAGGAGCAGAGCCUGGUAUCUACAUGGAUUGUCGAGCAAAAGAUUAUUCGGAUUAUUCCAAAGCUAUGGAGAAAAAAUAUCAUGUGUUACAAAAACAGUGCUCAGGGCUACAGUGGGCCCUUUUUAUUUUCAUAAACUGAAACGAGAAUGUUUGACUCUUUUAUUGAGUGAAAUCUUGUCACGGCUGGCUUCAAUAAUUCCUGCAAAUGCUCCAAUUAUCCACACAGUCACUGCUCUUUUCUGACGAGCAGAGCUCGGCGGCCCUUUUCAGUCCUCCCACUCCCCGUCUUUCACGAGUAGUGUCUGUAAAACCACCAGUCUAUGAUGGAUUCCGCCAUUGAACUCCAAGAUACGUUUAAUGCCAGAAAGUACAGGGUGCUUGAAAUCCCCCGGGGGCGAAAAAUUAUCUUCUGUGAAAUGUGUCUGUUAAUAGCGCGUUUCAAUCAGGAGCCCACUGCUUAUUUGGGAUCAGGCAAGAGUGUGAGGAUAUGAAAUAGUUUUACACAAGUGUGGUAUAUUUGCAUUAAUGGUACUUUACCGGGGUAUUUCAUCUUCAGGAUGCUUCCUACUCCCACUGUCAGAAUAAGGUUUUACAUUAAGUGUGCAAAAGAACAUAGAGGUUACAGUUUCAAUCCCCUGAGAGAACAUGUAAUCCUUCAACAGAUCUGAAAGUAUAACAAUGUUAAUCACUCGAGAUGAGAUGAGGGUUUUUUUUUUUCUUCUCCCAGACAGCAUCAAUAUUACAUAUUGCUUUAGUUUAAAUCCCGAAAAACUAAAAUGAAAAUAUAAGUUCCUCAAAUACUGCCUGGAUGCAGUAUUCCAAUGUCAGCUGGGAUUGGCUCCCGUGACCCUUAAAGGAUAAGUGGUUUAUAGAUAAUGGAUGGAUGAAGUUUUACAUGAUUUUUUUUUCCAUUGUAGUAUUGCUACUUUUACUAAAGUAAACUAUUUAUGACUAUUGACUAUUCUAAUGUCUCGGCAGGGUGUGCACGUGAGAGCAUGAACCAUUAUUGGAAAAAACACAAGCCAGUAACAUUUAUUAGUGUUUUAGUUGUUUAUGACUAUAUUAUGAAAUAAAGACAGAUUAUUAUUUUUUUUCCUUUAAAAUCUACGGUUGUGAUGAUCGUUCACAGUGAAUCAAA